UAGCUAGCGCUUAUUAGUUGCAAUUUGCUAGCGGCGAAAGUUGUUCGCCAGCAAGUAGUUAAACAAAUUUCAUAAUUUAUCACAAAAGAAGUUGAUAAAAUGGGUAAAAACAAAGGCGGCGGCGGUGGUGGUGCAGGUGGUGGUGGUGGUGGUGGCGGUGGUUCUGCUGGCGGCGGUGGCGGCGGCAAUAAAAAAGGCGGCGGUGCCGGUGGCGCAGGUGGUGGAGGUGGCAAAAACAAAGUACCUGCUGCUGCCGCUGACAAAGCUGGUGCAAAGAAGGGACAAGACCAAAAGGCAGGCGCCGGCGGCGGCGGUGGCAAAAAAGGAGGCAAAAAAUAGCGAACAGGCGACAUCAAAGGGCAUUAAAUUAGAAUAUUAGAAUAAAUAUAUAUUUGCAACCAUAUCUUAAGUC